AUGACACCUAUUUUAGAGGUAGAGUUGUUUGAUGUGCGGGGCAUUGAUUUCAUGGGCCUAUUUGUGAGUUCCUAUGGACAGAACUAUAUAUUAGUUGCAGUGGACUAUGUUUCCAAAUGGGUUGAGGCCAUUGCUUUACCUGAGAAUGAUGGCAAGAGUGUAGCUGGAUUCCUAAAGAAGAAUAUUUUCUCAAGGUUUGGCACACCCAGAGCCAUUAUCAGCGAUGGUGGUUCUCAUUUCUGCAACAAGGUGUUUAGUGCUCUUUUGACCAAGUAUGGGCUUAAACAACACAAGGUUUCUACACCUUAUCACCCACAGACCAGUGGACAAGUAGAGGUUUCCAACAGGGAAAUCAAGGCAAUCUUGGCAAAAACAGUAAAUGCCAACAGGACAGAUUGGGCACGGAAGCUAGAUGAUGCUCUAUGGGCAUAUCAGACAGCUUUCAAGACACCUAUUGAAGCUAAACCUCAGUUGGAGCGAACUGCAAACUUGAGGCUGGAUCAGAUCAAUGAGAUGGAUGAGUUCCGUCUGAGAGCCUAUGAGAGACUUUGUCUGUUUCCAGGAAAGCUGAGAUCUAAAUGGUCUGGACCUUUUAAGGUCACACAGGUACAAUGGGUCCCAGAAGAAAGAAUGCCACAAAACCUGCCUCCCCCACUGCUUCUCAAUCAGAGGGACACACCUCCUCAGUCUGAAGAGGGAGGUGGUAGUUCUGAUAACGGGGAGAACUCGGGAAGUCAAUAUGAUGUUGCUGCUGGUAGCCAAUCUGCUGAUAACUCGAGGGGCAGUGCAGAGUCUGAUAGCAGUUCUUAG